CCGAAAGACAACAACUUGAACUUAACGUCGACUCACCUCUCUUCUGUAGGUUGGGCGAGGGAGAUUAAGCUUUCAUCGGCCUACCCGACUCUAUACAUAAAAACAGGAUUGAAUUGCUUUUUGAUAUGUUUUCCGACGCUCCUGGGAGUCCAACACCAGCUAAUUUGGCGGACAUUUUCAUAGAAGCCAACACCAAACUUGACGCCAUUGAUUUUGGUAAAUGCGGCGAAGCCCUGAAGUUCAUCAUGGAGCCAAACCCCGAGGAGGAGUAUGCGGAGUUUUUUGAUGUUAGUCGCAAGGUAUACCCAACAGUAUCGCACAUCAUCGACUUGAAUUGGAUAUGGUUACCGGCAAGACCAAGAUGGAGUUACUUCGAGGACGAUCGCAUCCUUCUCAUCGAAAUGCGCAGUCGCAUGCACGAAGCCCCAAUACAACACUUUGAAUCGAUAUUCGGUCACUUUUUGGGUGGCUUCGUUCGCCGCCCUGUGCUUACCAUAACAACCAUGAACAGUCGGUUAACAUCUACAGAUACCGUCCCAGACAUAGCAAUGCAAAUAGUUAUACAAAAUACGCGCUAUUGGAUUCGUAAGCCUCUUGUCAUCGUGGAAUGUGCAUUUGCACAGGACACAGAUUCAGUUCUUCGGAAAAUCAAACAUGAAAUCGCCGGCCAACCAGAAGUUUUGAUGGUCAUAUUGGUUGUAAUUGAUGAACAUCAACCAUAUCGCUCGCCUGAACGUAUGUCCGAAGCAUGGCAGAUGCUAAGCCAGGAGACAUCAUGUCGCUCAGAUUCUUCGUUCGCUUCGCUUGAAGGGGAUGCAUCACGAUCUUACAAUCAUCGCGUCGUGAUCGCGGGCCAUACAUGGUGUCACCUUGGCUCUGUUCGAUUUCACGUUUGGGUGCGGGGGAAUGAACCCAUCAACAUUGAUGAUGAUGAUGAUGAACUGCAUGCAUGUGGUACAUUGCUUCCAAACCGAGAUAUGGAUGCGGUCGACACCAUGAUCGAGAAUGGCAUGGUGAUGAUGCGGGACUCUAUUGCAAUUGUCUGCCAGGAGGCGGCUCUGGGCAGUGACAUUACUAUCAUUCAAGACACUGUCGUUGCUUUCAGUCCUGAUUGGGACGGCCUGCUGAUGCAAUUGAAUUUUGAGGUCGCGGAGACAGCCUAUGACCGGUACCAUUCAUGGUACAAUUCGUCCCCCUGAGAUCUCCCUGCCACCACGCCUUGCAAUAUCAUAACGCUACAGUCCCAGAUCAAUUGUUAUCCAGUGCUUGUCCCCCCACCAGUGUGAAGACAGGUUGUGAGAGUGUACGUGAUGCAUCAUGUGUGGAUCGUUACAGUGACCGCAGAGGCAAGAGCGCCUACUUCACAAUUCCAGGUGCCGUGACACCAAUAUCCCAUACGCGCAUCCGUAUUCGUCUUAUUGUUCUCUGUACAUAUAAAGGCUUGCCACAAGACAGGUGUCAAAUGUCGCCCAGGUAGAAAUAUGUAGAUAAUUUGCACGGAAAAUUACAGUUUUGUA